AUGGAUUUCAUUGCUGGGGCCAUUGGAGGUGGUCUAAGCACAGCAGUGGGUUACCCGCUGGACACGGUGAAGGUGAGAAUUCAGACCGAGAGGCGUUACAAUGGGAUUUGGCACUGCAUUCAGGAAACAUACAGGACAGAAAAAAUGUGGGGAUUUUACAAAGGUGUGUCUGCAUCAGUCCUCAUGGUAUCGGCGAUUUCUUCUGUUUCGUUUGGCACGUACAGAAACUUCCUCUGCACCAUCUGCAAGCUGCGAUACGGGGUUGCAGAUGCGAAGCCGUCCCAGCUGGAUGUUUCUCUUGCUGGAGGUGCUGCCGGGGCUGUCCGGGUUGUGUUCAUGGCCCCUAGUGAAGUGGCUAAGGUUCGCAUGCAGACUCAGCGGAACCCCCAUCCUUCCAUGGCAUCUCAGCCUCUUUCCAGACCAAAGUACCGAGGGUCCCUGCACUGUCUGAAGGUGAUCGCCAAGGAGGAAGGUUUUAGGGGUCUCUACAAGGGCUGCUCUGCAUUACUCUGCAGGGAUUGCUCCUCUUCUGCAAUAUAUUUCCUUACCUAUUCUGCUCUGUGUGACUGGCUCACACCAUCCGGGAAAAAUAAGCCAGGUUUGCUCGUUGUGCUGCUUUCCGGGGGUUUCGCUGGAGUCCUGGCCUGGGGGUUAGCGACUCCCAUGGAUGUCAUCAAGUCACGGAUGCAAAUAGAUGAAUCGGAGCAGCACCAGUACAGAGGCCUCGUCCACUGUGCCAGGGAAAGCGUGAGGAAGGAGGGUGCCCAAGUGCUUUUCAAAGGACUGGGUUUGAACUGCAUCCGUGCCUUUCCGGUGAACAUGGUGGUGUUUGUAACCUAUGAAGCUGUACUGAGAUUUACAGAUCAUUAUACAAACAAAAAAUAG